AUGCACCCUUUGAGGCUCAAUGAGACCUGCACGGAUUUAGAACUUGGCGAGAUUUGCACAAGCCAUUGCGCGGAUGAGAUUUCCAAAUGUAUGGCAGAAUGUCCCCCGGGCGAUGUUUCUUGCGAAAAUAUUUGCAUAAGAGAUGGGUUUACGUGCGUUGAUGGGUGUCCUUGCAAUAUUGAUUGUCCCACAGGAUGUCAGGAUUGCCCUGCUUUUGUUUGCUCAGCUUGUUUUUCACCUGAAAACAAUGAAGAUCAUGUCAACUGUAUCGAAUUUUUCGGAAACGAGCUGAGUAAAUGUACAAAAAAUUGCGAAAACGAGCUUUUUCGUUCUCUUUGUCAGGACCAAUGUGAUCAAGAGUAUUUUAUCAAUAUUGAAACCUGCCCUUGCGAGCCCGGUUGCCCAGACGGAUGCCCAUGUCCAAAUUACGAAUGUGAAGAAUCGAGCCUUGAGAAACACGGAGCUGUUUUGGUCCUUAAGAGAUUCAGAAUUCCAAGAAAACCUGUUCUUGUGAAUUUCGAAAGCUUUACAACAGAUUUAUCUGUAUCUUGGUACAACAACGGUCCAGAAAAUCACCAAUACUACCCUUUAGAUGGAUGCUCAGUUUUAUACAAGGAUAAGAAUUAUCUGUUUGGAGGCUACACUGCUAAUAUAAAUGGCACCUUGAUAAGUUACGGGCCACAUAUUCUUGAUGGCUGUGAUAUUGUAAAGGCUGAAGGUGUUUCUUUUUAUCACGAUUGUGAUUUAGGCUCAGUGGGAUAUCUACCAACAGUUGAUGAUAAAGAGGCUUAUAUAAUGCUCUAUGACGGUGAAAUGAACAAUGUCCAAGCAUAUGAUGGACACGCAAUUCUUGAGGCUGAAUUUUGGGCGCCAAACAAAUAUCAUUCGAAUACAGGAGGUCAUAUCCCUAUUUACAAAGAGAAACCUAUACUUAUUGGGGGAAUGUCGGAAAAUUCUGUCGAGACUUUCAGCUUGAAAAAUGAAUGGACUGAACACGAAGAUCUAGUAUUUCCCGAUGGAGAUAUUGAAUCGUACACCACAGUCUGGGGAGACUUUGGUGUGGUCGUUUUUCCUGGAAAAUCAAGAUCUAACGAAAAAAUAUGGCGACUUUUUGAUGAUAAAUGGACGAAUAUUGGAAUAGUUGCUGGUGAAAAAACAAGAAGAGCUGCUAGAUCAGUUCUUUUUCCAAAUAAUGAGGUUAUGAUGAUCGGCGGUUACGAUAACCAACAAUUCAUCAAAUAUGCCUUCAACGAUGAUUUUACUUCUAUAAAAGGAGAAAUUUUAGAAGACCUUCCUUUUCUUGCAGAAUACGAUUUCCCUUAUGCGAUCUACGUUGAAAAUAAUUUCUGCACAAUCUGA